UAUGCUCAAUUGAAAGGAUACUGUUCGUUUACAGUAUGCUAAAAUUAACUAAUAGUAUAUACUUAUUAAGUAUGUCGUACACAGUAAACUAGUAUGGGUUUUCGAUCACAGCUUUGGAGCUUGCCCCAGUUUACUCUAUUUACAAAACGCCGGCAAGGUGCAUUGUCCUGGGCUGCAAACUACCAGUUCCCACUCUUUUCCAAAAGACUACAUCGUAUUCCGAAAAUUGGUGGAAUUCGCCUCAUAAGAAAGAGAAUAGCGUAUUGAACGGCACUCUGAUAUGCGAGGCUCAUUUCAGCAAAGAAUGUUUUCGACUCCAUACACCGAGAAAGAGAUUAUUGUGGGAUGACGCGUUUCCCACGAUUUGUCCCAGCGAUAGCCCGAGCAGAGCCGAUACUUCUUCACUUUAUGUUUGCCAAAAGGACGAGAAGAAGCAACACAGACCGAACCAAGAAGUUCAGGAUAGACCACGCAUGGGUUAUUCUGUUAUACAGAACAGCAGGGAGCCGAAACGGUGAGCAGAGAGUUAAUGAUGGAGGCUACGUCACUUCAACGUACUGAGCGUCACUUCUGAUAAACCAAAGAAAGGCUCCCGAGGAAAAACUGUUACAUUAUAGCAGAUUUUUGCUAUUUCAUCAAAUUAAACGAACAACAAUCAGGCAUAAUCUAUCUAGUCACGGAAAUAUGGAAUGUGUGUUUCAUUGGCUUUUUGAAAAUUGAUAGUGAGCUCCAGUCAAUGGAAGCCGUGAUGGAGGUUAAGGAGUCAGAGACAGCCAUGAUGGGUUUUAAGGAGUCAACGGAAGCCACAAUGGACGUUAAGGAGUCAAUUUCACCCGCAAUGGACGUGAAGGAGUCCAUGUCAGCCAUGAUGGAAGUUAAUGAGUCAGAGUCAAAAGAAGCCGUUGUGGACAUUAAGGAGUCACAGGGAGCUGUUAUGGAACUCAAGAGGCAGUCUUCCUCCUCUGGCGGCCAGGGGCGGGACAGAGACCGGGAGUCGGACAGCUAUCUCCAGCACCUCCAGUGUCCACACUGUCUGCUCCAGUGUAAGAGCCACUGCAGCUACCUCAUCCACAUCGCUAAGAUCCACCCAAGCCGCCUGGAUGACACGCCUGUGGGUCGCCUGGGCAACGCCAUCUUCUACCAGCGCACGGCACGGCUGUUCCACUGCAGCGUGUGUUUCCACACGGCCAGGGAGUUCCCUCGACUCUACGACCACCUGCUCACCUGCCACUGCCUCUCUGGGAAGGGCCAGGGAGAGGGGGGAGAAAAGGGUGGUGAGGAGGGAGAAGGGGAUGAGCGUAGGGGGGCGGGGGGAGAAGAACAGGAAGGUAUCAGUGUAGAUGUGCUGUCAAAAGACAGUAGUCAUCCUUCCAGUGAGCCCAAGGCAGAAGAGGAGGAUGAGGACAAAGGAGGAGUGAAGCAAGAGGAGGAAGGUAGGAAAAGAGGACUAGAGAUGGAGGGAGGCGAGGACAACGAAGAGGACUCCCGCUCAGCCGGCAUCCCCAUGAAACGAAAGAGAAGCUCUACGGCAGGCAGUGAGGAAGACGAUCAUGACGAAGAGGAAGAGGAGGAGCUACAGACCAACAACAACAAAAAAAGUGACAAACACAAAAAGCAGGAAGAGGCCUUCCUGACCAAAUAUAUCCAGCGCCAGGGGGGUCGCUACAACUGUCGCCUGUGCGGAAAGCGCUCCAAGAUGAAGGGCCAUGCCAUCUACCACGUGAGCUACAAGCACGACGUGCCCAAACCUUACUGCUGUAAAGAGUGUAGCAAGGCCUUCAUACUAGAGUAUUCGCUACUCAACCAUAUCUACCACAACCACAGACAGGGCAUGUACCGCUGCCUCUUCUGCCCCUUCAGCUCUGACGUGGUGUGGGGCAUAAAACGCCAUGGCAACUGCUGCAAUGCCCGAAGCGGGGAGGGGGAUGAGGGGGAGGGCAGCAAUGGAGAAGAGUGAUUGGUUAAUGGUUGUUAACACAUACGGUACCUUGGUAAUCAGGAGAAGGGACUCCAGGCCUACAUUAUCUAAGUUCUAGAAUCUCUUUGCAUUGUGCAUCUACUAGGCUAGUAACCCUAGGUACAGUAGAUUCCACUGUCACAGAGGUGUAGAUUCUCAGUGAAGUAUGUAUUUACUUCCUCUGUACACACAGUGAUGAAGAAUGGUGUACUUUGUCAUUCUGUUGACUUUUCCUGAUAUACUGGAGCUGAUGGACUCAAAUGUAGAAUAUGUACUUUGUGAACUCGCAAACAGCAUUAAUAUGUACAUGACAGCAGUUGAUGACUCAUAAUGCUACACAAUGAAACUAUCAACUGACAAAAACAUGUUUUUGUGUGUUUUUUACCUGCCUUUGUAUUGUAUUUAUUACCUGGGAUGUGUUUGUCUCUUUGAAAACAAUACAAUAAAAAGAAUACAUCAAUUUUAGAUACAA